GUUCAAGGCCGGCCCGAACCACAUAACGACUGGGGUGACAGCCCCGCACUCAGGCGGGACACCUGUUUCCUUUCCCCAGGCUCAGAGCCUCACGCCAGCCUCACGCCCAGGGCCUGCUCGCCAGGCACGCUGUCAGUGUGUGGCCCCGCUGUCGUCUUCUCAGAGGAGGGCUUGGGCCUUGGCCAAAGUCACACCACGAGGACCUCUAGCCGUGCUAAUCCCGGGCUGUGUCUCCUCCCAGGUGAGCCUAGGUCGCUAUGGGGGACGCCAGGGACCUCUGCCCUCACCUGGACUCCAUCGGGGAGGUGACCAAAGAGGACUUGCUGCUCAAGUCGAAGGGGACCUGCCAGUCAUGCGGUGUCGCGGGACCCAACCUGUGGGCCUGUCUGCAGGUAAGGACAGGGCAUGGGCUGGGAAGGCCUGUCCUAACUAGGCCCUGCCCCAAGUGCAGCACUCAGGAGGCUGAGGCAGGAGGGCCUGGGGAUCACCCAGGUCCCCCCGCCCCAGCCCAUGCGGCACCCUGCGUGGUAGGGACAGGCUGGGGGCUGAGGGCCAGGCCUCCUCACCCGUCUCUCACACAGGACUCCCUGCCACCCUCCCACCCCCUGAAAGCUGUCCCUGUCGCCGUGGCUGAUGAAGGGGAGUCGGAGUCAGAGGAUGAGGACCUGAAACCCCGAGGCCUCACGGGCAUGAAGAACUUGGGCAACUCCUGCUACAUGAAUGCCGCCCUGCAAGCCCUGUCCAACUGCCCCCCGCUAACCCAGUUCUUCCUGGAGUGCGGUGGCCUGGUGCGCACGGACAAGAAGCCGGCCCUGUGCAAAAGCUACCAGAAGCUGGUGUCCGAGGUCUGGCACAAGAAGCGGCCGAGCUACGUGGUCCCCACCAGCCUGUCUCACGGGAUCAAGUUGGUGAACCCGAUGUUCCGUGGCUAUGCCCAGCAGCCUCCCAGAAUACAGUGCUCACGGGUGGGCACCGCCAACCUGGCCAGGGUGCCCCUGCGGGUUGAAGACAGAACCAGGAGAGGCUGGCUGGACCUGGUCCCCUGCCUCCUGCCCGAUGACACGCGUGGUGCUGCCCUGAGCUCUGGCCCGCUGUGGCGGCCAGGGAGCCGGUGGGCUGCUCCGCGCCGCCAGGAGGCGAUGUCCCGCCCCGCUCUGCGCCUCCCGGCCUCCUCCCUGCCCGGCCCUGCAGCCCUGCGCUCUGUCUUCUGCAGGUUCGUGAUCUCCUGCACCCCCAGCUGGUUUUGGGGGCCCGUGGUCACCCUGGAGGACUGCCUGGCCGCCUUUUUUGCCGCUGAUGAGCUGAAAGGUGACAACAUGUACAGCUGUGAGCGGUGUAAGAAGCUGCGGAACGGCGUGAAGUACUGCAAGGUCCUGCAGCUGCCCGAGAUCCUGUGCGUCCACCUGAAGCGCUUCCGGCACGAGGUGACCUACUCCUUCAAGGUCAGCAGCCACGUGUCCUUCCCCGUGGAGGGCCUCGACCUGCGCCCCUUCCUGGCCAAGGAGUGCGCGUCCCAGAUCACCACCUACGACCUCCUGUCCGUCAUCUGCCACCACGGCACGGCAGGCAGUGAGUGGCCCUGGUCGGGCGGCCCCGCCGUGGAGAUCGAGGCGCUGGCCAGGCGGCGGAAGGCGGAGAUCGACACCUUCAUCAAGCUGAACAAGGCCUUCCAGGCUGAGGAGUCGCCCGGUGUCAUCCACUGCGUCAGCAUGCAGUGGUUCCGCGAGUGGGAGGCCUUCGUCAAGGGCAAGGACAGCGAGCCUCCGGGGCCCAUCGACAACAGCAGGAUCGCGCAGGUUAGGGGCAGCGGCCAUGUGCAGCUGAAGCCGGGUGAGUCCAGGCCGGGCCGGUCACCCCGUGCUCCCCCCCCCACGCACCCCCCCGGGAGCGACAGUCACUUCUGGCCGGGACUCGAGUGCCAAUCCAGGUCUUUGCCUGGCGGUGCCCACACUGGUCCCUGCCACGUCACUGUCGUGGGCAUCGGCCCACACCUCCUGCCUGCUCAGGCCCCGCUCUUGUCCCUGGAGCCCACUGCACCCCCAGCAGAGGCUGUCACCACGCUGGCCGCACCCGGCAACCGCAACAACGGAGGGGCCCAGAGUUCCCCCACCUGUCACCGGCUCCAGGCUGUGGCCACAGGAGCGCUGGGGCCCAGAGCCUGGCCAGGCCAUUCUGGGGACCAAGCCCCAGACCUAUGGGUGCCGGUGGGGACCCGGGAGCAGCUGUCGCUGGGGUGGGUGACGUCCCUGCUGCUGCCGCCUGUGCCGCCACCCUGUGGCCGAGCUCUGGGCCACGUGGCUGUGUGUGAAGUCACAAUAAAGAGAUGCAUCCCUGCAGCCCUGUUGUCACCGCUGCCUGCGCCGCUGCCACUGCAUUCACCCCAGGGGCUAGGGGAACCCAGGCCAGGCCGGGAGGGGCAGGGAGCCCAGCUAAGCUGGGAGCAGCCUGGGCCCAACGGCCACACACGGUCGGGCUCGAGCCCAGCUCACCUGCGGGUGCACACGGGCUGUUCCUCCGUGGCCCGCCUAGAGCUGCCCCAUGGAUGCAGGCCCUCGGGAACCCUGGCGUUUCUGCCUGCAGUCGUAGGCUUUGCUGCUACUUUGGGGAGAGGAGAAUUUGACCACUUUGAAUAUUGUUUUAGAAACAUCCCCUUUACCCAGUGA